CUUCUCCAACAACAUUCCAAGACAUGGGUAAGAGAGGAACAAGGUUACCAGGCUUCUGCCUUAACAGAAUUAGGCCUCAUGCCCGAGUGCGUUCGCCGCCUAUACAAGCCAAGCUAGACACAAAUGCCAGUGAAACUGAUAAAAAAACUGAGAAUUCCUGCAGUGCUUGUGAGGAAAAAUCAGAUGAUGGGGUGAAACCAGGGUCUAUGAUUGGUAGGAAGAUCAUGAUUGUGGUUGAUUCUAGCCUUGAAGCCAAAGGUGCUGUGCAAUGGGCACUCACUCACACAGUUCAGAACCAGGACAUUAUAAUUCUUCUUCAUGUGAUGAAGCCUUCUAAACAAGCAGCCACUGAGGAAGGGUCCAGCAAGGAGAUAGAUCCAAGGGCUUAUGAACUUGCUUCCUCCUUCAAGAACAUGUGCAAUGUGAAGAUGCCAGAGGUACAAAUUGAGAUUGCUGUUACAGAAGGAAAGGAAAAGGGUCCAACAAUAGUGGAGGAAGCAAAGAAACAUGGCGCGGGGCUUCUGGUUUUGGGGCAGAAGAAGAGGUCCACAACGUGGCGUCUUCUAAUGAUGUGGGCAGGCAACAGAGUUACUGGUGGGGUGGUGGAGUAUUGCAUCCAGAAUGCUCAUUGCAUGGCAAUUGCUGUGAGAAGAAAAAGCAAGAAAAUUGGAGGCUACAUGAUUACUACGAAGCGUCACAAAGAUUUCUGGCUCUUAGCUUAAUCUAUAGUCACAACACACAACUAUGGAUCAAUGUUGUCACCUUCAAGAUUUUACAAGUAACUAUAUACCGUGUUGUUGUAUCUGGAGUCCACAAUGUUUAUACAUAAUAAGGUGUCCGGCAAUUGAGAAAAUGUAUGAAAUUAUGAUUGGGAAGUAGCAAAGUGUCAUUAAAACUAUGGUUUCUGGUUA